UACGAAAUACAGUUAGCCUCGCAAUUAGUGGACCCGUCACAAAUUGAUGUCACGUUUGAUGACAUAGCUGGCCUAGAUCAUAUCGUCGACUCAAUUAAGUCAAAUAUUAUUUUGCCUUUAAAACCCAUUAUAAAUCGUCAUCUAAGAAACAAAUCCCAAUAUUAUCAAGCUCCGAAAGGUGUUUUAUUAUAUGGACCGCCAGGGUGUGGUAAAACUAUGCUGGCAAAGGCUACUGCCAAGAUGGCUAACUCAAGGUUUAUCAAUUUGGAAAUUCCCACGAUGACCGAUAAACUAUACGGUGAAUCACAAAAAUUGGCCACGGCGGUAUUUACAUUGGCACAAAAAUUGCAACCAUGCAUCAUAUUCAUAGAUGAAAUUGAUACAUUUUUGCGAUCACGAGGUAAUAAUGAGCACGAAGCUACAGCCAUGAUCAAGGCACAAUUCAUGAUCUUGUGGGACGGCCUAAAGUCAAACAAAAACAAUUCAGGAAUAAUUGUCAUUGGUGCUACAAAUAGACCACAGGACGUUGACCUGGCUAUUAUCCGGCGAAUGCCCAUGAGGUUUGAGGUACCAUCGCCAAAUGAAAAUCAGAGGUUGGCCAUUUUGAAAAAAUUGAUCAAGGAUGAAGAUAUCGAUAAAAGUGUUGACUUACAAUAUGUUGCAAAGAACACUGAUACAUUUUCAGCAAGUGACCUUAAAGAAUUGUGUCGCUACGCUAUUUAUACGCCAGUGCGUGAAAAAAGCGACAUGCUCAUUGAGUUAUCCGAAUCAGAAUUAAACGAGCAACUUAUUAAAACUAGCAUUUCACAAAUGAGAAAGGUGAAAUUCAAAGAUUUUGAUGAUGCAAUUGAGCUGAUGAAAGAGGGCAAAAAGUUCCUCGAGUCAAAG